UUCAAACAAAAAAUUUCAGAAUAGAGCCACACUUCUUACAACAAUUAACAAGGAAUGUUUUUAAAUUUGUGUAAAAUGGCUGAACAAUUAUUAUUUAAAAGUAUGUCGGUUUUAAAAUGUCCCAAUGUUUUUAUGAAAAAUUCGACUGAAGUUGAAAAAAAAUUACUAGCGUUCAUCCAAGGAGGUGUAAACCAGUUGCAAAUUAUCACAGAUUUUGAUGAAACGAUUACGAAACAGAAACCUUUGAGUGGGAAAAGUGUAUUAACAAGCGUAUUACAUGCUUGUCCAUCACUUCCCGAUAGUUACAAAAUUCAAUCAAAAGCGUUAUACGAUAAAUACCACCCUUAUGAAUGUGAUCAUAAAUUAGAUAAAACAAUAAAAACAAAUAUUAUGUUAAAAUGGUGGGAAGAGGAAAGUGAAAUUUUAAAGAAUAUUUUUUUGCCACAACAAGAGUUUGAAGACGUCGCUCAAAAUUCAUAUGAUAAACUAAGGGAUAAUACUUUUGAAAUGUUAAAUUAUGCAAAGGAACACAAAAUACCUGUCCUUAUAUUUUCAGCUGGUGUCGGAAAUUCCAUCAUUGCCAUAUUAAAAGUUAAUAGACUGAUGUUAAAAAAUAUCACGAUUGUUUCCAACUUCCUAAAAUAUAAAACAGGAGAUAUUAUCGAUGGAUUUCAAAACCCUCUUAUUCACAUUCUAAACAAAAAUGACUACAUUUUAAAGAAUUCGAAUCAUUAUCAACAAGUAUAUGAAGAGAAACCCAAUAUUUUAUUAUUGGGAGAUGCCAUAGGUGAUGCUGAAAUGGCUGCAGAUAAACCAAAGCAAACUGUAUUGCGUAUAGGUUUCAUAAAGGGAAAUGAUAAACGAACAAUUGAAUUAUUUUCUAAUGAAUUCGAUAUUCUGUUAAUUGAUGACCAAUCUAUGAAUGUUCCGCUUGAAUUAUUGAAAUUAAUUCCUAAAAAAUAAUAAAAUGUAAAAUA